AUGUCAAAAAAGGCAGACCCUGCAUUCUCAUCAAAGGGGUUUACUAACUGGAAGAAUGCUGUUGAAAGAUUUGAAAGGCAUCAAAAUUCUCAAUCCCAUCACCAUGCAUUCUCUAUCAUCAUAGAUGGUACUCAAGAUAUCACAGGAAGAGAGCAAGAGUCCAUAUGUUUUAGAUAUGUGGAUGAGGACCUGGUUCCACAUGAGGUUUUUGUAGGCUUAUAUGAGGUUUCAGGAACUACUGGAGUGGAGAUAGCUAGAACAGCUGUGGAUGUGCUUUUGAGGCUGAAUUUGCCGAUGUCAUGUUUAAGAGGUCAAACCUAUGAUGGUGCUGUGAACAUGUCAGGAGCUUAUUCAGGUGCUCAGGCAGAAGUGAAGAAACAACAGCCACUGGCAUUGUACGUGCAUUGUGGGCCUCACUGCCUGAACUUAAUUACACAGGCUGCAUGUCAGGCUAGUUCUGUAAUACGUGAUGCUUUAGAGUGGGUACAUGAUCUGGGGUCAUUAUGCAAACAGUCUGGAAGAUUCAAAGCUAUGUUUUCAGCAGUUGCAGCAGAUUCAGAGGAACCAUCAGUAUCACUCAGAACUCUCUGCCCAACCAGGUGGACUGUAAGGGGAACUGCUAUUAAAGCAGUGCUGUCUCAGUAUGACAGUAUUUUGACUAGUUUACAGGAGAUGGCAGCAGCUGGAUCUAGCACAAGUGCUAGGGCAAAUGGAAUGCAUGAGAGGUUUGAAAAGGGCAGAACAGUGCUUGGACUUCUUAUGGCAUUGGAAGUUACUGAGGAGCUAGAAUGUCUGAACAAGUCCCUGCAAAAACUGACUGCAACCAUUGCAGGAAUGAGAUGCUCAAUAGAGUGUUUCACAUCCACUCAACAGUUGAAAAGAAAUGAAGAAAGAUUCCAUCAGAUGUUUGACAAAGCAGCGAAAAUGGUGAACUCCCUUGGUAUUGAGCCCAUUCAGAUUCCUCACCAGAGACGGCCACCAAAACGAUAUGUUGGUGGGGCUAGCCAGCACACUCCCAAGUCACCUGAAGAGCAUUACAGAGCAGAGUUUUACAAAGUGCUGGAUAGUGUUGAUGUUCAGUUUCAGGAGAGGUUCAACCAGCCAGAUCUAGGUGUCUUGCAGAAACUGGAGGAAAUUCUGCUCACUGGAGAGGUGGAUGGCAUUAUUGAUCGUUACCCAGAAAUUAACAGACAGUCUAAAGUCAUCCCAGUAUCCUCGGCUGAGGCUGAAAGAAGCUUCAGUGCCCUCAGAAGACUAAAAACAUGGCUAAGGUCAACAAUGACUCAAAUGAGAUUAAACAAUGCUGCUCAUCCUGGUCAGUAA